AUGGCGUCCGUGGGCUCUGCGGUUCUUUUGCAACAUCCAGACAAGGAAAUUCCCUUCAAGGUGAGCGUGGCCCCCGUGGUUCUGUGUCCCCGGGCUCUGGUGGUUCUGUUAUUCCAGCUUGACAAGGAAAUUCCCUUCAAGGUGUCCGUGGGCUUUGUGGUUCUGUUGCAACAUCUUGACAUGGAAAUGCCCUUCAAGGUGUCCGUGGGCUCUGUGGUUGUGUUGCAACAUCUUGACAAGGAAAUUCCCUUCAAGGUGUCCAUGGGCUCUGUGAUUCUGCUGCAACAUCUUGACAAGGAAAUUCCCUUCAAGGAAAUUCCCUUCACGGUGUCCGUGGGCUCUGUGAUUCUGUUGCAACAUCUUGACAAGGAAAUUCCCUUCAUGGUGUCCGUGGGCCCUGUGGUUCUGUUGCAACAUCUUGACAAGGAAAUUCCCUUCAAGGUGUCCCUGGGCUCUGGUGGUGUCCGUGGGCUCUGGUGUUCUGUGGUUCUGUUGCAACAUCUUGACAAGGAAAUUCCCUUCAAGGUGCCCGUGGGCUCUGUGGUUCUGUUGCAGUUUCUUGACAAGGAAAUUCCCUUCAAGGUGUCCGUGGGCUCUGUGCUUCUGUUGCAACAUCUUGACAAGGAGAUUCCCUUCAAGGUGCCCGUGGUCUCUGUGCUUCUGUUGCAACAUCUUGACAAGGAAAUUCCCUUCCAGGUGUCCGUGGGCUCUGUGGUUCUGUUGCAACAUCUUGACAAGGAAAUUCCCUUCAAGGUGUACGUAGGCUCUGUGGUUCUGUUGCAACAUCUUGACAAGGAAAUUCCCUUCAAGGUGUCCGUAGGCUCUGCGGUUCUGUUGCAACAUCUUGACAAAGAAAUUCCCUUCAAGGUGUCCGUGGGCUCUGUGGUUCUGUUGCAACAUCUUGACAAGGAAUUCCCCUUCAAGGUGUCCGUGGGCUCUGUGGUUCUGUUGCAACAUCUUGACAAGGAAUUCCCCUUCAAGGUGUCUGUGGGCUCUGUGGUUCUGUUGCAGUUUCUUGACAAAGAAAUUCCCUUCAAGGUGUCCGUGGGCUCUGUGGUUCUGUUGGCACAUCUUGACAAGGAAAUUCCCUUCAAGGUGUCCGUAGGCUCUGUGGUUCUGUUGCAUCAUCUUGACAAGGAAAUUGCCUGCAAGGUGUCCGUGGGCUCUGUGGUUCUGUUGCAACAGCUUGACAAGGAGAUUCCCUUCAAGGUGUCCGUGGGCUCUGUGGUUGUGUUGCAACAUCUUGACAAGGAAAUUCCCUUCAAGGUGUCCCUGGGCUCGGGUGGUUCUGAAAUUCCCUUCAAGGUGUCCCAACAUCUUGACAAGGAAAUUCCCUUCAAGGUGUCCUUGGGCUCUGGUGUUCUGUUGCAACACCUUGACAAGGAAGUUGCCUUCAAGGUGUCCAUGGGCGCUGUGAUUCUGCUGCAACAUCUUGAUAAGGAAAUUCCCUUCAAGGUGUCCGUAGGCUCUGUGGUUCUGUUGCAACAUCUUGACAAGGAAAUUCCCUUCAAGGUGUCCGUGGGCCCUGUGGUUCUGUUGCAACAUCUUGACACGGAAAUUUCCUUCAAGGUGUCCGUGGGCUCUGUGGUUCCGCUGCAACAUCUUGCCAAGAAAAUUCUCUUCAAGGUGUCUGCGGGCUCUGUGGUUUUGUUGCAACAUCUUGACAAGGAAAUUCCCUUCAAGGUGUCCGUGGGCUCUGUGAUUCUGCUGCAACAUCUUGACAAGGAGAUUCCCUUCAAGGUGUCCGCGGGCUCUGUGGUUCUGUUGCAACAUCUUGACAAGGAAUUUCCCUUCAAGGUGUCUGUGGGCUUCGUGGCUCUGUUGCAAUCCGUGGGCUUUGUGGUUCUGUUGCAACAUCUUGACAUGGAAAUUCCCUUCAAGGUGUCCGUGGUCUCUGUGGUUCUGUUGCAACAUCUUGACAAGGCAAUUCCCUUCAAGCUGUCCGUGGGCUCUGUGAUUCUGCUGCAACAUCUUCACAAAGAAAUUCCCUUCACGGUGUCCGUGGGCUCUGUGGUUCUGUUGCAACAUCUUGACAAGGAAAUUCCCUUCAUGGUGUCCGUGGGCUCUGUGGUUCUGUUGCAACAUCUUGACAAGGAAAUUCCCUUCAAGGUGUCCGUGGGCCCUGUGGUUCUGUUGCAACAUCUUGACAAGGAAAUUCCCUUCAAGGUGUCCCUGGGCUCGGGUGGUUCUGAAAUUCCCUUCAAGGUGUCCCAACAUCUUGACAAGGAAAUUCCCUUCAAGGUGUCCUUGGGCUCUGGUGUUCUGUUGCAACACCUUGACAGGGAAGUUGCCUUCAAGGUGUCCAUGGGCGCUGUGAUUCUGCUGCAACAUCUUGAGAAGGAAAUUCCCUUCAAGGUGUCCGUAGGCUCUGUGGUUCUGUUGCAACAUCUUGACAAGGAAAUUCCCUUCAAGGUGUUUGUGGGCUCUGUGUUUCUGUUGCAACAUCUUGACAAGGAAAUUCCCUUCAAGGUGUCCGUGGGCUCGGUGGUUCUGUUGCAACAUCUUGACAAGGAAAUUCCCUUCAAGGUGUCCGUGGGCUCUGUGGUUUUGUUGCAACAUCUUGACAAGGAAAUUCCCCUUCAAGCUGUCCUUGGGCUCUGCGGUUCUUUUGCAACAUCCAGACAAGGAAAUUCCCUUCAAGGUGAGCGUGGCCCCCGUGGUUCUGUUGCAACAUCUUGGCAAGUAAGUUCCCUUCAAGGUGUCCCCGGGCUCUGGUGGUUCUGUUAUUCCAGCUUGACAAGGAAAUUCCCUUCAAGGUGUCCGUGGGCUUUUGUGGUUCUGUUGCAACAUCUUGACAUGGAAAUGCCCUUCAAGGUGUCCGUGGGCUCUGUGGUUGUGUUGCAACAUCUUGACAAGGAAAUUCCCUUCAAGGUGUCCAUGGGCUCUGUGAUUCUGCUGCAACAUCUUGACAAGGAAAUUCCCUUCAAGGAAAUUCCCUUCACGGUGUCCGUGGGCUCUGUGAUUCUGUUGCAACAUCUUGACAAGGAAAUUCCCUUCAUGGUGUCCGUGGGCCCUGUGGUUGUGUUGCAACAUCUUGACAAGGAAAUUCCCUUCAAGGUGUCCCUGGGCUCUGGUGGUUCUGUGUCCGUGGGCUCUGUGGUUCUGUUGCAACAUCUUGACAAGGAAUUCCCCUUGAAGGUGCCCGUGGGCUCUGUGGUUCUGUUGCAGUUUCUUGACAAGGAAAUUCCCUUCAAGGUGUCCGUGGGCUCUGUGCUUCUGUUGCAACAUCUUGACAAGGAGAUUCCCUUCAAGGUGCCCGUGGUCUCUGUGCUUCUGUUGCAACAUCUUGACAAGGAAAUUCCCUUCCAGGUGUACGUAGGCUCUGUGGUUCUGUUGCAACAUCUUGACAAGGAAUUCCCCUUCAAGGUGUCCUUGGGCUCUGCGGUUCUGUUGCAACAUCUUGACAAAGAAAUUCCCUUCAAGGUGUCCGUGGGCUCUGUGGUUCUGUUGCAACAUCUUGACAAGGAAUUCCCCUUCAAGGUGUCCGUGGGCUCUGUGGUUCUGUUGCAACAUCUUGACAAGGAAUUCCCCUUCAAGGUGUCUGUGGGCUCUGUGGUUCUGUUGCAGUUUCUUGACAAAGAAAUUCCCUUCAAGGUGUCCGUGGGCUCUGUGGUUCUGUUGGCACAUCUUGACAAGGAAAUUCCCUUCAAGGUGUCCGUAGGCUCUGUGGUUCUGUUGCAUCAUCUUGACAAGGAAAUUGCCUGCAAGGUGUCCGUGGGCUCUGUGGUUCUGUUGCAACAGCUUGACAAGGAGAUUCCCUUCAAGGUGUCCGUGGGCUCUGUGGUUGUGUUGCAACAUCUUGACAAGGAAAUUCCCUUCAAGGUGUCCGUGGGCUCUGUGGUUGUGUUGCAACAUCUUGACAAGGAAAUUCCCUUCAAGGUGCCCGUGGGCUCUGUGGUUCUGCUGCAACAUCUUGACGUCUUGACGAUGAAUUUCUCUUCAAGGUGUCCGUGGGCUCUGCGGUUCUGUUGGAACAUCUUUACAAGGAAUUCCCUUCAAGGUGUCCGUGGGCUUUGUGGUUCCGUUGCAACAUCCGUGGUUCUGUUGCAACAUCUUGACAAGGAAAUUGCCUUCAAGGUGUCCGUGGGCUCUGUGGUUCCGUUGCAACAUCUUGACAAGGAAAUUCCCUUCAAGGUGUCCGUGGUGCAACAUCUUGACCAGGAAAUUCCCUUCAAGGUGUCCGUGGGCCCUGUGGUUCUGUUGCAACAUCUUGACACGGAAGUUUCCUUCAAGGUGUCCGUGGGCUCUGUGGUUCUGCUGCAACAUCUUGACAAGGAAAUUCUCUUCAAGGUGUCCGCGGGCACUGUGGUUUUGUUGCAACAUCUUGACAAGGAAAUUCCCUUCAAGGUGUCCGUGGGCUCUGUGGUUCUGUUGAAACCUCUUGACAAGGAAAUUCUCUUCAAGGUGCCCGUGGGCUCUGUGAUUCUGCUGCAACAUCUUGACAAGGAGAUUCCCUUCAAGGUGUCCGUGGGCUCUGUGGUUCUGUUGCAACAUCUUGACAAGGAAUUUCCCUUCAAGGUGUCCGUGGGCUCCGUGGCUCUGUUGCAAUCCGUGGGCUUUGUGGUUCUGUUGCAACAUCUUGACAUGGAAAUUCCCUUCAAGGUGUCCGUGGUCUCUGUGGUCCUGUUGCAACAUCUUGACAAGGAAAUUCCCUUCAAGAUGUCCGUGGGCUCUGUGAUUCUGCUGCAACAUCUUGACAAGGAAAUUCCCUUCAAGGAAAUUCCCUUCACGGUGUCCGUGGGCUCUGUGGUUCUUUUGCAACAUCUUGACAAGGAAAUUCCCUUCAUGGUGUCCGUGGGCUCUGUGGUUCUGUUGCAACAUCCAGACAAGGAAACUCCCUUCAAGGUGUCCGUGGGCCUGUGGUUCUGUUGCAACAUCUUGACAAGGAAAUUCCCUUCAAGGUGUCCCUGGGCUCUGGUGGUUCUGUUGCAACAUCUUGACAAGGAACUUCCCUUCAAGCUGUCCGCGGGCUCUGUGGUUCUGUUGCAACAUCUUGACAAGGAAAUUCCCUUCAAGGUGUCCCAACAUCUUGAGAAGGAAAUUCCCUUCAAGGUGUCCUUGGGCUCUGGUGUUCUGUUGCAACACCUUGACAAGGAAGUUGCCUUCAAGGUGUCCAUGGGCUCUGUGAUUCUGCUGCAACAUCUUGACAAGGAAAUUCCCUUCCAGGUGUCCGUAGGCGUGGUUCUGUUGCAACAUCUUGACAAGGAAAUUCCCUUCAAGGUGUCCGUGGGCUCUGUGGUUCUGUUGCAACAUCUUGACAAGGAAAUUCUCUUCAAGGUGCCCGUGGGCUCUGUGGUUCUGUUGCAACAUCUUGACAAGGAAAUUCCCUUCAAGGUGUCCGUGGGCUCUGUGCUUCUGUUGCAACUUCUUGACAAGGAAUUUCCCCGCGCGGUGUUUGUUGGCUCUGUGGUUCUGCUGCAACAUCUUGACAAGGAAAUUCCCUUCAAGGUGUCCGUAGGCUCUGUGAUUCUGCUGCAGCAUCUUGACAAGGAAAUUCCCUUCAAGGUGUCCGUGGGCUCUGUGGUUCUGUUGCAACAUCUUGACAAGGAAAUUCCCCUCAAGGUGUCCGUGGGCUCUGCUGUUCUGUUGCAACAUCUUGACAAGGAAAUUCCCUUCAAGGUGUCCGUGGGCUCUGUGGUUCUUUUGCAACAUCUUGACAAGGAAAUUCCCUUCAAGGUGUCCGUGGGCUCUGUGAUUCUGCUGCAACAUCUUGACAAGGAAAUUCCCUUCAAGGUGUCCGUGGGCUCGGUGGAAAUUCCCUUCAAGGUGUCCGUGGGCCCUGUGGUUCUGUUGCAACAUCUUGACAAGGAAAUGCCCUUAAAGGUGUCCGUGGGCUCUGUGGUUGUGUUGCAACAUCUUGACAAGGAAAUUCUCUUCAAGGUGUCCGUGGGCUCCGUGGUUCUGUUGCAACAUCCAGACAAGGAAAUUCCCUUCAAGGUGUCCGUGGGCUUUGUGGUUCUGUUGCAACAUCUUGACAUGGAAAUGCCCUUCAAGGUGUCCGUGGGCUCUGUGGUAGUGUUGCAACAUCUUGACAAGGAAAUUCCCUUCAAGGUGUCCGUGGGCUCUGUGAUUCUGCUGCAACAUCUUGACAAGGAAAUUCCCUUCAAGGUGUCCGCAGGCUCUGUGGUUCUGUUGCAACAUCUUGACAAGGAAAUUCCCUUCACGGUGUCCGUGGGCUCUGUGAUUCUGUUGCAACAUCUUGACAAGGGAAUUCCCUUCAUGGUGUCCGUGGGCUCUGUGGUUCUGUUGCAACAUCCAGACAAGGAAAUUCCCUUCAAGGUGUCCGUGGGCUCUGUGGUUCUGUUGCAACAUCUUGGCAAGGAAAUUCCCUUCAAGGUGUCCGUGGGCUCUGUGGUUCCGUUGCAACCUCUCGACAAGGAAAUUCCCUUCAAGGUGUCCGUGGUUCUGUUGCAACAUCUUGGCAAGGAAAUUCCCUUCAAGGUGUCCGUGGGCUCUGUGGUUCCGUUGCAACCUCUUGACAAGGAAAUUCCCUUCAAGGUGUCCGUGGGCUCUGUGGUUCUGCUGCAACAUCUUGACAAGGAAAUUCCCUUCAAGGUGUCCGUGCGCUCUGUGAUUUUGCUGCAACAUUUUGACAAGGAAGUUCCCUUCAAGCUGUCCGUAGGUUCUGUGGUUCUGUUGCAAAAGCUUGAACAUCUUGACAAGGAAAUUCCUUUCAAGGUGUCCAUGGGCUUUGUGGUUCUGUUGCAACAUCUUGACAAGGAAAUUCCCUUCAAGGUGUCCAUGGGCUCUGUGGUUCUGUGUCAACAUCCUGACAAGGAAAUUGCCUUCAAGGUGUCCCUGAACUCUGCGGUUCUGUUGCAACAUCUUGACAAGGAAAUUCCCUUCGAGGUGUCUGUGGGAAAUUCCCUUCAAGGGUCCGUGGGCUCUGUGGUUCUGUUGCAACAUCUGGACAAGGAAAUUCCUUUCAAGGUGUCCGUGGGCUCUGUGGUUCUGUUGCAACAUCUUGACAAGGAAAUUCCCUUCAAGGUGUCCGUGGGCCCCGUGGUUCUGCUGCAACAUCUUGACAAGGAAAUUCCCUUCAAGGUGUCCGUGGGCUCUGUGGUUCUGUUGCAAGAUCUUGACAAGCAAAUUCCCUUCAAGGUGUCCGUGGGCUCUGUGGUUCUGUUGCAACAUCUUGACAAGGAAAUUCCCUUCAAGAUGUUCGUGGGCUCUGUGGUUCUGUUUCAGCAUCUUGACAAGGAAAUUCACUUCAAGGUGUCCGUGGGCCCUGUGGUUUUGUUGCAACAUCUUGACAAGGAACUUCCCUUUAAGGUGUCCGUGGGCUCUGUGGUUCUGUUGCAACAUCUUGACAAGCAAUUUCCCUUCAAGGUGUCCGUGGGCUCUGUGGUUCUCCUGCAACAUCUUGACAAGGAAAUUCCCUUCAAGGUGUCCAUGGGCUCUGUGGUUCUGUGGCAGCAUCCUGACAAGGAAAUUCCCUUCAAGGUGUCCCUGGGCUCUGUGGUUCUGUUGCAACAUCUUGACAAGGAAAUUCCCUUCAUGGUGUCCGUGGGCUCUGCUGUUCUGUUGCGACAUCUUGACAAGGAAAUUCCCUUCAAGGUGUCCGUGGGCUCUGUGGUUCUGUUGCAACAUCUUGACAAGGAAACUCCCUUCAAGGUGUCCGUGGUCUCGGUGGUUCUGUUGCAACAUCUUGACAAGGAGAUUCCCUUCAAGGUGUCCGUGGGCUCUGUAGCUCUGUUGCAACACCUUGACAAGGAAAGCCCCUUCAAGGUGUCCGUGGGCUCUGUGGUUCUGUUGCAACAUCUUGAAAAGGAAAUUCCCUUCAAGGUGUCCGUGGGCUCUGUGGUUCUGUUUCAACAUCUUGACAAGGAAAUUCCUUUGAAGGUGUCCGUGGGCUCUGUGAUUCUGUUGCAACAUCUUGACAAGGAAAUUCCCUUCAAGGUGUCCGUGGGCUCUGUGGUUCUGUUGCAACAUCUUGACAAGAAAAUUCUCUUCAAGGUGUCCGUGGGCUCUGUGGUUCUGUUGAAACAGUUUGUGUUGGUGGGCUCUGUGGUUCUGUUGCAACAUCUUGACAAGAAAAUUCCCUUCAAGGUGUCCGUGGGCUCUGUGGUUCUGUUGCAACAUCUUGACAAGGAAAUUCCCUUCAAGGUGUCCGUGGGCUCUGUGGUUCUGUUGCAACAUCUUGACAAGGAAAUUCUCUUUAAGGUGUCCGUGGGCUCUGUGGUUCUGUUGCAACAUCUUGACAAGGAAAUUCCCUUCAAGGUGUCCGUGGGCUCUGUGGUUCUGUUGCAGCAUCUUGACAAGGAAAUUUCAUUCAAGGUGUCCGUGGGCUCUGAGGUGUCCGUGGGCUCUGUGGUUCUGUUGCAACAUCUUGACAAGGAAAUCCCCUUCAAGGUGUCCGUGGGAUCUGUGGUUCUGUGUCCCGUGGGCUCUGCGGUUCUGUUGCAACAUCUUGACAAGGAAAUUCCCUUCAAGGUGUCCGCGGGCUCUGUGGUUCUGUUGCAACAUCUUGACAAGGAAAUUCCCUUCAAGGUGUCCGUGGGCUCUGUGGUUCUGUUGCAACAUCUUGACAAGCAACUUCCCUUCAAGGUGUCCGUGGGCUCUGUGGUUCUGUUGCAACAUCUUGACAAGGAAAUUCCCUUCAAGGUGUCCGUGGGCUCUGUGGUUCUGUUGCAACAUCUUGACAAGGAAAUUCCCUUCAAGGAGAUUCCCUUCAAGGUGUCCGUGGGCUCUGUGGUUCUGUUGAAACAGGUGUUGGUGGGCUCUGUGGUUCUGUUGCAACAUCUUGACAAGGAAAUUCCCUUCAAGGUGUCCGUGGGCUCUGUGGUUCUGUUGCAACAUCUUGACAAGGAAGUUCCCUUCAAGGUGUCCGUGGGCUCUGUGGAUCUGUUGCAACAUCUUGACAAGGAAAUUCCUUUCGAGGUGUCCGUGGGCUCUGUGGUUCUGUUGCAACAUCUUGACAAGGAAAUUCCCUUCAAGGUGUCCGUGGGCUCUGUGGUUCUGUUGCAACAUCUUGACAAGGUGUCCGUGGGCUCUGUGGUUCUGUUGCAACAUCUUGACAAGGAAAUUCCCUUCAAGGUGUCCGUGGGCUCUGUGGUUCUGUUGCAACAUCUUGACAAGCAAUUUCCCUUCAAGGUGUCCGUGGGCUCUGUGGUUCUGUUGCAACAUAUUGACAAGGAAAUUCCCUUCAAGGUGUCCGUGGGCUCUGUGGUUCUGUUGCAACAUCUUGACAAGGAAAUUCCCUUCAAGGUGUCCGUGGGCUCUGUGGUUCUGUUGCAACAUCUUGGCAAGGAAAUUCCCUUCAAGGUGUCCGUGGGCUCUGUGGUUCUGUUGCAACAUCUUGACAAGAAAAUUCCCUUCAAGGUGUCCGUGGGCUCUGUGGUUCUGUUGCAACAUCUUGACAAGGAAAUGUUCUUCAAGGUGUCCGUGGGCUCUGAGGAAAUUCCCUUCAAGGUGUCCGUGGGCUCUGUGGUUCUGUUGCAACAUCCCCUUGAGGUGUCCGUGGGCUCUGUGGUUCUGUUGCAACAUCUUGACAAGGAAAUCCCCUUCAAGGUGUCCGUGGGCUCUGUGGUUCUGUUGCAACAUCUUGACAAGGAAAUUCCCUUUAAGGUGUCCGUGGGCUCUGUGGUUCUGUUGCAACAUCUUGAUAAGCAAAUUGCCUUCAAGGUGUCCGUGGGCUCUGUGGUUCUGGUGCAACAUCUUGACAAGGAGAUUCCCUUCACGGUGUCCGCUCUGCGGUUCUGUGGCAACAUCUUGACAAGUAAAUUCCCUUUAUGGAUCUGUGUCCGCUCUGUGGUUCUGUUGCAACAUCUUGACAAGCAAAUUCCCUUCAAGGUGUCCGAGGCCUCUGUGGUUCUGCUGCAACAUCUUAACAAGGAAAUUUCCUUCAAGAUGUCCGUGGGCUCUGUGGUUCUGUUGCAGCAUCUUAACAGGGAAUUUUCAUUCAAGGUGUUUGUGGGGUUUGUGGUUCUGUGGCAACGUCUUGACAAGGAAAUUCCCUUCAAGGUGUCCGUGGGCUCUGUGGUUCUGAUGCAACAUCUUGACAAGGAAGUUCCCUUCAAGGUGUCCGUGGGCUCUGCGGUUCUGUUGCAACAUCUUGACAAGGAAAUUCCCCUCAAGGUGUCCGUGGGCUCUGUGGUUCUAUUGCAACAUCUUGACAAGGAAAUUCCUUUCAAGGUGUCCCUGGGCUCUGUGGUUCUGUGUCAACAUCUUGACAAGGAGAUUCCCUUCAAGGUGUCCGUGGGCUCUGUGGUUCUGUUGCAACAUCUUGACAAGGAAGUGUCCGUGGGCUCUGUGGUUCUGUUGCAACAUCUUGAUAAGGAAAUUGCCUUCAAGGUGUCCGUGGGCUCUGUGGUUCGGUUGCAACAUCUUGACAAGCAAUUUCCCUUCAAGGUGUCCGUGGGCUCUGUGGUUCUGUUGCAGCAUCUUGAGAAGGAAAUUCCCUUCAAGGAGAUUCCCUUCAAGGUGUCCGUGGGCUCUGUGGUUCUGUUGCAACAUCUUGACAAGGAAAUUCCCUGCAAGGUGUCCGUGGGCUCUGUAGUUCUGUUGCAACAUCUUGACAAGGAAAUUCCCUUCAAGGUGUCCGUGGGCUCUGUGGCUCUGUCGCAAGAUCUUGACAAGGAAAUUCCCUUCAAGGUUGACAAGGAAAUUCGCUUCAAGGUGUCCGUGGGCUCUGUGGUUCUGUUGCGACAUCUUGAAAAUGAGAUUCCCUUCAAGGUGUCCGUGGGCUCUGUGGUUCUGUCGCAACAGCUUGAGAAGGAAAUUCCCUUCAAGGUGUUUGUUGGCUCUGUGGUUCUGUCGCAACAUCUUGACAAGGCAGUGUCCGUGGACUCUGUGGUUCUGUUGCAACAUCUUGACAAGCAAUUUCCCUUCAAGGUGUCCGUUGGCUCUGUGGUUCUCCUGCAACAUCUUGACAAGGAAAUUGCCUUCAAGGUGUCCGUGGGCUCUGUGGUUCUGUUGCAACAUCUCGACAAGGAAAUUCCCUUCAAGGUGUCCGUGGGCUCUGUGGUUCUGUUGCAACAUCUUGGCAAGGAAAUUCCCUUCAAGGUGUCCGUGGGCUCUGUGGUUCCGUGGCAACCUCUUGACAAGGAAAUUCCCUUCAAGGUGUCCGUGGGCUCUGUGGUUCUGCUGCAACAUCUUGACAAGGAAAUUCCCUUCAAGGUGUCCGUGGGCUCUGUGGUUCUGUUGCAUCAUCUUGACACGGAAAUUCCCUUCAAGGUGUCCGUGGGCUCUGUGGUUCUGUUGCAACAUGAAAUUCCCUUCAAGGCGUUGCAACAUCUUGACACGGAAAUUCCCUUCAAGGUGUUGCAACAUCUUGACAAGGAGAUUCCCUUCAAGGUGUCCGUGGGCUCUGUGGUUCUGUUGAAACAGGUGUCCGUGGGCUCUGUGGCUCUGUCGCAACAUCUUGACAAGGAAAUUCCCUUCAAGGUGUCCGUGGGCUCUGUGGUUCUGUUGCAACAUCCCCUUGAGGUGUCCGUGGGCUCUGUGGUCCUGUUGCGUCAUCUUGACACGGAAAUUCCUUUCAAGGUGUCCGUGGGCUCUGUGGUUCUGUUGCAACAUCUUGACAAGGAAAUUCCCUUCAAGGUGUCCGUGGGCUCCGUGGUUCUGCUGCAACAUCUUGACAAGGAAAUUCCCUUCAAGGUGUCCGUGGGCUCUGUGCUUCUGUUGCAAGAUCUUGACAAGCAAAUUCCCUUCAAGGUGUCCGUGGGCUCUGUGGUUCUGUUGCAACAUCUUGACAAGGAAAUUCCCUUCAAGAUGUUCGUGGGCUCUGUGGUUCUGUUGCAGCAUCUUGACAAGGAAAUUCCCUUCAAGGUGUCCGUGGGCCCUGUGGUUUUGUUGCAACAUCUUGACAAGGAACUUCCCUUCAAGGUGUCCGUGGGCUCUGAGGUUCUGUUGCAACAUCUUGACAAGCAAUUUCCCUUCAAGGUGUCCGUGGGCUCUGUGGUUCUCCUGCAACAUCUUGACAAGGAAAUUCCCGUCAAGGUGUCCAUGGGCUCUGUGGUUCUGUGGCAACAUCCUGACAAGGAAAUUCCCUUCAAGGUGUCCCUGGGCUCUGUGGUUCUGUUGCAACAUCUUGACAAGGAAAUUCCCUUCAUGGUGUCCGUGGGCUCUGCUGUUCUGUUGCGACAUCUUGACAAGGAAAUUCCCUUCAAGGUGUCCGUGGGCUCUGUGGUUCUGUUGCAACAUCUUGACAAGGAAACUCCCUUCAAGGUGUCCGUGGUCUCGGUGGUUCUGUUGCAACAUCUUGACAAGGAGAUUCCCUUCAAGGUGUCCGUGGGCUCUGUGGCUCUGUUGCAACAUCUUGACAAGGAAAACCCCUUCAAGGUGUCCGUGGGCUCUGUGGUUCUGUUGCAACAUCUUGAAAAGGAACUUCCCUUCAAGGUGUCCGUGGGCUCUGUGGUUCUGUUGCAACAUCUUGACAAGGAAAUUCCCUUCAAGGUGUCCGUGGGCUCUGCGGUUCUGUUGCGACAUCUUGACAAGGAAAUUCCCUUCAAGGUGUCCGUGGGCUCUGUGGUUCUGUUGCAACAUCUUGACAAGGAGAUUCCCUUCAAGGUGUCCGUGGGCUCUGUGGCUCUGUUGCAACAUCUUGACAAGGAAAACCCCUUCAGGGUGUCCGUGGGCUCUGUGGUUCUGUUGCAACAUCUUGAAAAGGAAAUUCCCUUCAAGGUGUCCGUGGGCUCUGUGGUUCUGUUGCAACAUCUUGACAAGGAAAGUCCUUUGAAGGUGUCCGUGGGCUCUGUGAUUCUGUUGCAACAUCUUGACGAGGAGAUUCCCUUCAAAGUGUCCGUGGGCUCUGUGGUUCUGUUGCAACAUCUUGACAAGGAAAUUCUCUUCAAGGUGUCCGUGGGCUCUGUGGUUCUGUUGAAACAGUUU